AUGGUAACGGGCUCGGGUUCGGGCUCAGGGUCUGACCCGGCUUCAGACUCAAACGGGUGGAGUAGAGCUCGAGGGUUAGUGGUGAAGACUCUGGUUUUGGUUGGUGGGGUUUUUCUGGUGAAGAGACUGACGAAGUCUACAACUCGUUGGGACCAUGCGAAAAUUGUUGCUCAAUCACUUACUGGCGAAAAGUUUUCGAAGGAGCAAGCAUCUAGAGACCCUGAUAAUUACUUCAAUAUUAGAAUGCUUACCUGCCCAGCAGCAGAGAUGGUGGAUGGUUCAAAGGUUUUGUAUUUUGAACAGGCAUUCUGGAGAACUCCUCAAAAGCCAUUUCGGCAGAGGUUUUAUAUGGUUAAGCCUUGUCCAAAGGAGUUGAAAUGCGAUGUUGAGGUAGGUUCAUACGCCAUUAGAGAUGCAGAGGAGUACAAAAAUUUCUGUGAUCGACCAAAGGACCAGCGACCACUGCCAGAAGAGGUUAUUGGUGACAUUGCAGAACAUCUGACAACAAUACAUCUCAAACGCUGUGACCGUGGAAAGCGCUGCUUAUAUGAAGGUUCUACUCCACCCGAUGGAUUCCCAAAUUCAUGGAAUGGAGCAACCUAUUGCACUUCAGAACUUGCAGUUCUGAAGAAUAAUGAAAUACAUACCUGGGAUAGGGGAUAUGAUGAUGAUGGAAAUCAGGUUUGGGGAGUGAAAGAGGGACCUUAUGAGUUCAAGCCUGCUCCAGCCUCUAGUGUCAGUGACUUGUUUUCUCCUUUAAACUUUCCCCCACCCCAAUCGAUGGAGAAAAGAAGAAUAGAAGGUUCAUUUGUCUUGCAAGAAUGA